CAAGCUUUUUGUAAGAAAAAUAAAAAUAAAAAUAAGCCGAGUUAGUUUGAAGAAAUCGCUGAAGUUAUAAAAUGAAGUCCACAACUGUAACAUGUAUCGCAAUUGUGAUAAUCGUUGUGUCGUCUUUGGCUCCGACCAAAGCAGUCGCGGAAGAGGAGAAAGUGACAUGUGACAUUCUACAACUUCAGCCAUGCCUACCAGCAGCACAAACCGGAAGUAAACCAACGACGGAAUGUUGCGGAAAAUUAAAAGAACAAGAGUCAUGUCUGUGUGGUUACACAAAAAACCCAGCGUAUAGUCCAUAUUUUUCAGCCGAUAUUGCUCACAGAAUCUUAGAGGCUUGUGCUAUACCUUAUCCUACUUGUUGAAGGUUAAAAUAUUUGUAAAAUAGUUAUUAUGUUAAGAUAAUAAGAUUGUAUGCAAUAGUAUUUGAUCAUUAAGAGUUUAAUGCAUCA